CAGCUCCGAUCUCCAGGUUGUUCCAGAGGUGGUGACGGGUGAGAAAGUUUGCUCCAACUCCUACUCAUGGAGGUGGUCACGGGUGCCAUGGGCAGCCUGCUCCCCAAGCUGGGCGAGCUGCUCAUGGAUGAAUACAACCUGCACAAGCGCGUCAAAAAAGAUGUUGAGUUCCUCCGGAAGGAGCUCGCGAGCAUGCACGCUGCGCUUAUCAAGGUUGGUGAGGUGCCAAGGGACCAGCUCGACAGGCAAGUCAAGCAUUGGGCCGACGAGGUCAGAGAGCUCUCCUACAACAUGGAGGAUGUCAUUGACAAGUUCCUCGUACGCGUCGAAGGUAUUCAGCAGCCUCACGACAACACCGGCAGAUUCAAGGAGCUCAAGAGCAAAAUGUUAGGCUUGUUCAAGAAAGGCAAGAAUCACCACCGGAUAGCUGACGCCAUACAGGAAAUCAAGGAGCAACUCCAGGAGGUGGCUGCUAGGCGUGAAAGGAACAAGCUGGAUGGUAUUGCUCCUAAUCCUGGCGAAGCAGUUGUCAUCGAUCCUCGUCUCCGUGCUCUGUACAUAGAAGUGACAGAGCUCGUCGGCAUCUAUGGGAAGAGGGAUCAGGACCUCAUGAGGCGUCUCUCCUUGGAGACCAACGAUGAUGCCUCUAACAAGAGACUGAAAAAGGUCUCUAUCGUUGGAUUUGGAGGGUUGGGCAAGACCACUCUUGCCAGAGCAGUAUACCAAAAGAUCAAAGGUGAUUUUGAUUGUGGGGCAUUUGUCUCCGUCGGUCGGAACCCUGACAUCAAGAAGGUUUUCAGGGAUAUCCUGAUAGAUCUCGGCAACUCUCACUCAGAUGUUGUGAUACUGGAUGCAAAUCAGCUUAUUAAAAAGCUUCAUGAAUUCCUUGAGAACAAGAGGUACCUCAUCAUAAUUGAUGAUAUAUGGGAUGAAAAAUUGUGGAGCUACAUCAACCUUGCUUUCUCUAAUAGUAACAAUCUAGGCAGUCGGCUAAUCACCACAACCCGCAAUCUCGAUGUCUCCAAAUCAUGUUGCUCAUCGGCUGAUGAUUCAAUUUAUCAUAUGAAACCUCUUUCUAAAGAUGACUCCAGACGGCUCUUCUAUAAAAGAGUAUUUGCCGACGAGAAUGGAUGUCCAAAUGAAUUUGAACAAGUGUCUAAAGAUAUUUUGAUGAAAUGUGGUGGGGUACCACUAGCCAUCAUUACAAUAGCUAGUGCUUUGGCUAGAGGUCAGGAGGUGAAACCAAAGAGUGAAUGGGAUAUUCUGCUCCAAUCCCUUGGCUCUGGACUAACAGAAGAUAACAGUUUAGAGGAGAUGCGGAGAAUACUAUCUUUUAGCUAUUAUGAUCUACCUUAUCAUCUGAGAACUUGUCUAUUGUACCUAUGUAUAUAUCCAGAAGAUAGCGAGAUUGAUAGAGAUAGACUGAUAUGGAAGUGGGUGGCCGAAGGAUUUGUCCACCAUGGAGAUCAAGGGACUAGCCUGUUUUUGCUCGGAUUAAACUACUUCAACCAGCUCAUUAAUAGAAGUAUGAUCCAGCCAAUAUAUGAUGAUCUAGGUCAGGUACAUGCUUGCCGUGUACAUGAUAUGGUUCUUGAUCUUAUCUGCAACUUGUCACAUGAAGCAAAGUUUGUUAAUGUAUUGGAUGGUACUGGGGAUAGCAUGUCUUUUCAAGGCAAUAAUGUUCGUCGUUUGUCCUUUCAAGAUAGAAAUAAAGAUCAUGAAGGCACACCUCUCAGAAAUUUCACGGGUAUAUCACGAGUGAGGUCCAUUACUAUCUUUACAUCUGCUAUUAAUAUCAUGCCAUUCCUAUCAAGGUUUGAAGUUCUGCGUGUACUUGAUUUGUCGGGCUAUAAUCUGGGAAAAGGUAGCAGCCUGCAAUUUAACCUCAAGGGUGUUGGACACUUAAUUCACCUGAGGUACCUUGGUUUAGCAGAUACUGGAAUAAGAAAACUCUCGGCUGAGAUAGGAAACCUGCAAUUUUUGGAGGUUUUGGAUCUUGGAAGCAAUUAUGAGCUACAUGAAUUGCCGCCCACUCUUUUUAAAUUGAGAAGAUUAAUCUACCUAAAUGUUUAUCUCUAUAAGGUGGUUCCAACUCCUGGUGUGUUGCAGAAUCUGACAUCCAUAGAAGUGCUGAGGGGGGUCUUGGUCUCUCUGAAUAUUAUUGCACAAGAGCUUGGCAAACUGGCAAGGCUGAGGGAGCUUCAGAUUUGCCUCAAGGAUUGUAGUUUCGAUCUGUAUGAAGGUUUCGUGAAGUCUCUGUGCAACCUACGUCACAUCGAAAUCCUACAUAUUGAAUGCAAUUCCGGAGAAAUUUAUUUUGAACUGACGGAUCUCUUGGAAGAACGCUGGCUGCCUCCUGUACAUCUCCGCAGAUUUGUGUUGUACAUGCCGAGCCAACUCUCUGCACUGCGAGGGUGGAUAAAGAGAGACCCCAUGCAUCUCUCGAACCUCUCCGAGUUAUUCCUCAAUUCAGUGAAGGAAGUGCAGCAGGAUGACGUGGAUAUCAUUGGGGGCUUGCUGUCCCUUCGCCGUCUCUCCAUAUGGACCACCCACCAAACACAGCGGCUGCUAGUCAUCCGUGCAGAUGGGUUCCGCUGUAUUGUAGACUUUAACUUGAGUUGUGGAUCAGCAACGCAAAUCAUGUUUGAACCAGGGGCUUUGCCUAGGGUGGAAUCAGUUGGGUUCAGUCUUGGGGUGCGGGUGGCGAAAGAGGAUGGUAACUGUGGCUUCGACAUGGGCUUGCAGGGGAACCUGCUCUCCCUUCGGCGGCGUGUCGAUGUUAAUCUGUAUUGUGGCGGAGCGAGGGUUGGGGAGGCCAGGGCAGCGCAGUCUGCGGUGAGGCACGCGUUCGACACCCAUCCCAACCAUCUGGAGAUUGUAAUGUUUACGAAUCCGCAUAUAGCAGAAGGAGCUAAUGAUGAAGAUUUGUGUGAGGACGAGAUGGAUGAUAAAAGUUUGUAUCAGUGCCUGGUGGACCUGGUGGAGAACUGAUUUUCUGAUGCAGAGUAUCUUACAUUGCGUCAGAUGUGCUCUCAGUCUCAGGUAGCAGGGGCGCGGGGUUACUGCUGGUAGCAUCGGAGAUGCAUGUUUCACAAACGUUUUUGGUGGGCGCCGACUUAGCCAAGAAUUGAAGAUGUAAAAGUUUCGAGUUUCGCUGGAAGUUGUGUGAUGUGGUUCUUUUAAAUGGCAGCCGCUUGCAGAAAGAGAUAUUGCUUGGUUUUGUAAUGAAUAAGUAAGAGUGUUGUAGUGAAUUGAUCCUUACAAGGAUAGCUUGCUUUGCUUCA